ACAGGAAUGCCAAAUAUGUGUUUUGGAAAAGCUAGUGACUUCAUGCUCAGCGCAGCACUUUUCCUGUGCAACUUUACGGUCGUGCCUCCGUACAGCAGAUUCGGUAAUAUUUUUUUGAUGCAUUGUAGCUAGCUAGAGUCAGACGCUGCGAAUUGGGAACCUGCCCUUGCUUGCAUGAUGGCGGAUGAGCAUUUUACAGGACAGAACGCCACUUACACCCUGCUAGAAGGGGAACAGUGACUGAAGAGGCGCGUUGUGUGUAUCCAGCUUGAACUGAAGCAGCCAGACACAUUCCGGAAGAACACAAGCUUGCAGGCAAAUUCAUUGAAAGAAUUUUGAAAUCCAAAUGUUCCUCCGCUGCCGACAGCGCCGUCACCCAAAGGUUUAGGAGGCGGUUUCGAGGGAUCCAGCGACACAACCCGAAUGAGACGCAUCGCUUUGGGAGGGAACAACACACGCUGGAGCAGUAGUAGUCGUCGCGUCAUCGUGUGUGCGGGGGGGCCAUGAGUGCCGCUCAGGAGGUGCCCAACCCUGGGCUGCUGGAGCAGGGGGAGGCGGCCAGCGCCCAGGACACGCCCAUCUCCUCCCCAUCGCCCUCUGCGACCGCCGUCAAGACCGAGCCUGGCAUCAACUCCACCCCUACCACCUCCCCCACCCCCACCCCCACCGCCGGCCUGACUAGCCCUGCCUCCUCCGCUGCUGCCACGGCAACCAGUGCGGCGCCGCCCGCCAGCAACGGCAAGGCCAGCGAGGGUAGCACGCCGGCGGAGAUCUGUGUGGUGAUUGGAGGAUCGCGCGGUUCGCAGACUCAGGGUUCCUAUGUUUGUAGAAUAUGUGGAAAGAAGUACAAGUACUACAACUGCUUCCAGACCCAUGUCCGUGCACACAGAGGAUUUGGACUUGAUGAACUUGCCAGCAUGAAGACGAUGCAGAAAAGCAUUGUCUCAGCCCUGCUGUGGCCUAACGGGUCUGAAGCUGCUGCUGCAGAAACGGCAUCCCCAGCUGUUAACAACUCUUUCCGUUACACCUGCGAUGUGUGUGGGAAGAAGUAUAAGUACUACAGCUGCUUCCAGGAGCACCGUGACCUGCAUGCCGUGGAUGACCCAUACGACCAUGUGAUGCCAGUGGAGGAGGCCAAGGAGGAGGUGGAAAGCUAUCAGAAGAUCGGCCCAAAGACAGGGAGCUACACCUGUGAGUAUUGUGGGAAGCAGUACAAGUACUUCAACCCCUACCAGGAACACGUUGCCCUCCAUACCCCCAUAGGCCAUUCCUUUGACAUGCAUUCAAGUCGAUCCCUACAGAAAAAGAAUGUGACCAAAUACACCUCAAUCAAGCCUGACCGCGGGCUCUCAGAAAGCGCCUUCGUUCUAAAAUUGGAGGGAAAAAUGCCCCCCUUGACAGCAGACGGCACCAACUCCCACAACUCCAGCGGUGCUGGCAGCCCCCUGAUGACUGGCUCUUUUGCUACAGCGCAGAAACCGUACACAUGCGGGGCCUGUGGAAUCCAGUUCCAGUUCUACAACAACCUCAUGGAACACAUGCAGUCGCACGCAGCGGACAUUGAGAACAACUCUAAAGUGGAGUCCCCCAAGGCCUGCUCAGCUCCAGUGGCCCAGGAGCAGCUGUGGAAGUCUCCCCAGCCUCAGACCACACAGCCCCAGGCCACACAGAGGAACCACACUGCCUAUCCAGAGAACAGACUGCUGCCUGAGAAGGAGCGUGUGCAGGUGUCGGAGCGUCUGCUGCGCUUGACGUGCGCGGACCUAAGUCUACUGAGCGCGCUCAACAGCAAGGACUUCCUGAAGCUGGCCCAGACGCUGGUGGACACGGGCUCGCGCCACGGAGCCUACAACCUGCGCGAGGCGCUGGGCACCGACCUCAGCCUGCUGGCACUGCGCCAGCUGCCACGCAUGUACAACCAGGUCAAGGUUAAGGUGACGUGCGCACUGGGUUCCAGCUCGUCCCAGGGCAUUGCGGUGACGUGCCACUCCCAGUCCGCGGGGCCUGACGCCUGCUACGUGCUAACGGCGUACCAGGUGGAGUCUGGCCGGCCACGACGCUACGUACUGGGCGUGAAGGAGGCCGGCCUGAGGGAAGGCCCCGAACAGGUACAGCAGUGGGUCCAGAACGUGUUAUCCGAGUUCGUCAUGUCGGAGAUCCGCACCGUCUACGUGAGCGAGGGCAAGGUGUGGCCCGCCACGCAGGGUGUGUGCGGGGGACGCGGAGGCGGCAUGGGCGGAGGGGUGAACCUGCGGUGCGCAGGCUGCUCGCUGGGGGCCGUGGUGCAGGCGGUGCUGGGCAGGAGAAGCCUGCAGGCGCGGGGGCUCCACGAGCUGGGCGAGCUGCUCUCCACGUGUCGCGACAUCGCCAGCACCACCAACUUCCAGGGGGUGACGACGGGAAGUGGAGGACUCGGAGGGGAGGUGGGGAAACCUGCGCUGUCGGACGACUCCUCUUCCUCCUCCUCCUCCUCCUCAUCCAACGCCAGUGCUCCCACGCCUCCGUGUUGGGACGCCACGGCCGAGGCACUGCUGAAGGUGCACGAGAACUUCGAGGCGAUCUGCGAGUCGUUUGGCCGCUCCAAGAGCACGGCGCCCUUACUGCAGGGCCUCAACAAGCACCUGCUGGGCACGCUGGCGUGUCUGCUGGCCCCCCUGCGGCAGGCGGCGCUGGAACUGGGCAGCGAGCGGCGGCCCACCCUGCAGCAGGUGCUGCCCGUCUACCUGCGGCUGGAGAAGCUCUUCACCGCCAAGGCCGGCGAGGCGGGCGCCGGCAGCAAGCUCUGCCACUACAUCCUGGAGGCGCUCAAGGAGCACUUCAAGGUGGAGCGAGCGCACCAGGUGGCCAUGGUGCUGGACCCCCAGCUGAAGCUGCGGCCGGCGCUGGCCUACCAGCAUGACGAAAUCAUGAGUCGCGUGUGCGAAAUGGCCUCCGGCAUGAAGGAGUGCAGCGGAGGCCGAGGUGGUGGUGGUGGUGGUGGUGGUGGUGGAGGAGGAGGAGGAGGUGGUGUCGCAGCAGGAGGAGGAGGAGGAGGCACACUGGGAGGAGGAUCCAUCGGCAUGGAGGACAGGGACUGCGACGGCUCCCCCAUGCCCAAGCGCAGCUGCAUGGGAGCGGACGGAGUAAUGGGUGGCUCUGGGCCCGGCUCCAUUGGUAUGCUUGGAGGUCCUGAGGCGGCCGAGGAGGCUCUGGCUCGUAAGGAGCUGUUCCAGUACCUGGCGGAACCGCUGUUCCACGCCACGCCGGACCUGUUUCAGUACUGGACCCAGGCGCUGGACAAGUACCCGCGGUUGGCCCGGCUGGCGCUGUGGCUGCUGGUGGUGCCGGCGGUUGGCGUCAGGGCGGAGUGUGUUAGCAUGUGCCAACAGAGCCUAGCGCUCAAGAGGAAGAAACAGGUUACUGCUGAGGAGAUGAAUAAACUGGUGUUCCUCAAGGCUAACACGGCAUGAGAGUGAUGAACACGCACACGCACACGCGCACACACACACACACGCACACGCACACGCACGCACGCAAGAAGCAGGUGACUGCUAAGGAUGUGAAUAACUUGGUGUUUAAACACUACUGUAGGUGAAUAAACUGGUGUUUGGUGAGUAAACACACACACACACAGACACACAGCAAAUUACAAAUACAUGCAGGCACACACGCAACAAUCUUUCUACAUUUACUGUUUUCAGGCCGACCAGAACGAUGCUGGUGCCAAGCAUUUUUCGCUUCGUAUUGCGAACCAACUCUCCAGUUCUGCGAACGCUACGAUCUGCUGCGUGAACACGAGGUUCGGGAACGUGCACCGACAUGGUUCGCAGUCGGCCUGAAUGCGCCAGUUGUCUGUGCUGUACCUCUCACUCUAGCUCUGGCUAGCUUGUUCUCGAUCUAGCUCUCUCUUCUUUAUUUCAUUUUUCUAGUAGUUACUAGUGCUCCCUCUUUUCUUUCUCUUACCCUCUCUCUUGCUGUCAAGUUUUCACACACUUGGUAGCACUUACUCUUUCUCUCUUAUUCCCCUUUCUUUUGCUCUCUAUCAACAUUCUUUUGACAUUCUCCCGCUCUCGCUCUCUCUCGCUCGCUCUCUCUCUCUCUCUCUCUCUCUCUCUCUCUCUCUCUCUCUCUCUCUCUCUCUCUCUCUCUCUCUCUCUGUCUUUCCCCCCCUAUGAUUACCUCAUUCUCUUGCAUUAUGACUGUUCUAUAGUGCCACUCUGGGUAGUCCAGCCAGUAGGCACAGCAGGGGUGCCAGACCUGAUAGCCACACGCCUCUCUGUGGUACUGACUGUGGGUCUGUCUGGCUGUCAUGCAGACUUUGGGGGCCUUUGUCAAUUACUCACUGUCACACACGCAGUACAUGGACAGUCAUUUUUUUAACAGAAGGAACUUUUCUGUUUGCUUAUAAGUCGUUUAGGCAACAACAUCGACUAGUUCAGUUGGAAUCAAAUGUUUGUUUGGGCGAAUUUAUUUAUAUGAACAGAUACAACGUUAUUUUUUUCCUUCAUUUUACUUUUUUACUUACCCCAUUUCUGGAUUUUUUUUUUUAAAUCUUUUUCUUAAAACAAUGUUCACCACCUCUAACAGUCAUCAGCCAGCAUGUCCUCCAGUCUACACAGAAGCACUGACUGCACUGAGCUGGAAUCGGGGCUGGCCAUUGGCUGUGGAGCCCCCCCUGGCCCCCUUGCUCAAGGGCCCCCCGCCUCUUACUGUACUAUCAGGAGGAUCCCCAACCGACAGUAUACCUCACAGCUGUUCGCAUGUCUCUCUCUCUCUCUCUCUCUGUCACAGACUACACACCUACACACACACCGUCACGUCAGUGAUGAUCGUGACUACUCUCACUCUCGCUACUAUCGCUCACACCAUUUCGCUCUCGUGAGGUUUUAAUAUUACUGUGUAAAUACAACUAUGGCCCUGGUGGAAGUUUUGCUCUUUUCUGUUGAAAACUGGCAAGACUGGACCAGAACAACUGAAACCCAAGAAGAGGAAGCAAAAGGAUAUUAUUGGGGACGAGAUCAGGAACUCUUCAGUAAAGUAAAUGUUGCAUGGUAUUUAUUUACAUAAAUAUAUCUAUAUCUGUACGUAUGUAGACUAUGGAUUGUAUUUCUUUCUACAGUACCGUUGCCCUCACAAGAGACAUGCAACAGGCUUUAUAAUCCAGUGGCUGAAGAACACUGAAGCGGAAAAGUGACAACGUUGGUCUGAAAUGGCUCAGUAGCUCUUUCAGUCGUCGUCUUUAAUUGUUUGGUUUGUUUGUUUGUUUUAUUUUCUGGUUUGCGACGAUAUAUGCCGAUGUCUGGACACAACUGCCAUCGAAUGCAUUCUGAUCUUGCGAGGGAAUUCCAAUGGCACUGAAUUGUGAAGCGCUCUAUCCUGUCAAGUCACCAUGGGGCCGUUCCAAUAUGCGACCUUCCGCUCUCCACUUGUGCUUGUGGCCUCGUACCAGGAAGUAAUACGCCGUGAUGACAUCACGGACAACAG